UAUAUAAUAUACAAUUUGACCCACAUAUUCGUCAUAUAUAUUGUAUAAAGUCCAUUGAAAGUUGCAAACCAUAAUAUUAGGUUAAAAGCCCCGAGGUCCGCAUGUUCGAUUAAUGGGGCCUUGAAAACCUAUGGUCUGAUUUCGUUUUUAGAAUGGGGCUGCCACACUAUAAAUGCAGUAUUUAUGCAAAGUUCUGCAUCGAUAUCUUCACUAGUGCUUACUUUAUAUAUUGUACAGUAAACGAUUCAGAUCGUCUUCAAAGUUCUGGUAUGUAGGAAGAAGGCGUGGUUGUGAAGCGAUGUGGCCUAUUUUCACAACAUAUCAUUUGGAUGUAAGUAAACAAUUACAAACCAAGUUUCAUUGAAAUCGGUCGAGUAGUUCCUGAGAUAUGAUUUUUGACCCAUAAGUGGGCGACGCCACGCCCAUUUUCCAUAUUGUAAACAAAAUCUGAGUGUAGCUUCUAUCCGCCAUUUCUUAUGUGAAAUUUAGUGUUUCUGACGUUUUUCGUUAGUGAGUUAACCCACUUUUAGUAAUUUUCAACCGAACUUUUGUAUGGGAGGUGGGCGUGGUUAUUAUCCGAUUUCUGUCAUUUUUGGACUGUAUACGGAAAUGGCUAAAAAAACGACUGCAAAAAGUUUGGUUUAUAUAGCUCUAUUGGUUUGCGAGAUAUAUACAAAAAACUUAUUUGGGGGCGGGGCCUCGCCCACUUCCCCAAAAAAAUGACAUCCAAAUAUGCCCCUUCAUAGUGCGAACCUUCAUACCAAAUUUUAUUUCCAUAGCUUUAUUUAUGGCUUAGUUAUGGCACUUUAUGUGUUUUCGGUUUUCGCCAUUUUGUGGGCGUGGCAGUGAUCCGAUUUUGCUCAUUUCAUGGUGCCAAGAAAUAAGUGUGUGAUAUCUUAAUUUUUACUCAAGUUACAGCUUGCACAGACGGACGGACGGACGGACAGACAGACAUUCGGAUUUGAACUCCACUCUUCACCCUGAUCACUUUGGUAUAUAUAACCCUAUAUCUAACUCGUUUAGUUUUGGGUGUUACAAACAACCGUUAUGUGAACAAAACUAUAAUACUCUCUUUAGCAACUUUUGUUGCGAGAGUAUAAAAAGAUAUGAGUCAACUCGUGACUAAAUAGCGCCACAUAUUAUGUUCAAUUCCAUCCAAAAUUUAAUUAUUUGUGUUGUAACCUGUACUACGGUUCAAGAAACAUUGUUCCACCUAAUACGAAAUAACAUCCCCGAUUUUCAACAAAUACUGUCAAACAUCAUCAUCAUCAGAAAAGUAAUGCUACGAUAUGCCAUUGAUAUAUCGUCGGCUUAACGUGCAAAGGUGCUAAGUCCACUUAUGGUCAAAAUUGAUAUUUUGAAGAGAUUCGAUAGAUAAAUAUAAAAGUGGUGUGCAAAAGUGCCAAGUCCGCAACUGUCAAAUCGCGCGGGCUAAGUCCACAAGACAAUGUGAUUGCUACCUAAAGUGUGCUUUGUCUUUUUUGCUAGGUAACACGGCAUAGCUGCUGUGUUAUUCGACACUUCGCUUAGAUGUUUUUUUGUGAUACUUGGGGUUGACGAAGCGGCAAUCGUGAUCCCGAACGACUAGAAAAAUUGGUUAGAAAAAAAGUAUAUAAGCGCGACGAACAAGCUUAAGAUUUACGAUGAAUUUCAAUUCAAUGGAUAGUGAUAAAAGCAGUAACGAGCAUAUGGCAAUGACGCAGAUGAUGGAGUUUUAGGACUGGUGUCUUAUGGCUUUAAUAGCGAUUCGGAUGAAUCACUUGACCUUCCUUCUAAGUCACAAACGCGCAAAAGAAGAGGAAAAAUGGUUAAUCCAGCUUGGUUCGCAGCAAAAAAUAAAAAACAGAGAGAAAAUGGGAAACUUUUUCUGGGGAAAAAGAAAGAGAAUGGCCUGUGGAAUCAUCGAAGAGUUAGAAAUGCAAUAGUCAUUGGAGAGCGAUGUAGCUGUAAAAAAGCCACUAGUUCUGCUGCUCUCCACUGUGCAAAAAUUACUAAAGACCAAAGACAAGCAUUGUUUAAACAAUUCUGGCAAAUGGACUGGAAAGAGAAAAAGAUUUAUGUAAAUACAUUGAUUCAAGUAACAACUCCUGCAAGAAUGCGAAAUCGCAAAGAUAAACACAAGAGCAGAAGGAGUCGAACAUUUCAAUACCAUGUAAGAGUCGAGCAAAAAAGUGUCAAAGUUUGCAGAAAAUUCUUCUUGAACACUCUUAGCAUUGGCAGACGUACGGUGCUAAAUUGGGUUAAGCAGCCUACGAUUUCAAGAAACACUACACAGAACGCACCACAACAAAAUUGUAGCAUUGCACGUGAAUCUCUAAAUUCGUUUUUCAAUUCUCUGCCAACCAUGGAAUCACAUUACUGCCGUGCAACAACUCAAAAAAAAUAUCUUUUGCCAGAAUGGUCGUCAAAAAAACAGCUCUUCGAAUUUUACGUAGAGGAUUGGUGUAAUGCACAUGGAAAACCCCCACUCUCUAUUUCAGCAUUUUGUAACGCCUUUGCAGAUCAAAAGCUUGGUCUAUUCUUCCCUAAAAAAGAUCAGUGUGAAAUUUGUGCGCGACAUACUGUGGGAGAUAUUUUGGAUGACAUCUACAAUCUUCACCAGGCACAAAAACAUGAAGCUAGGGAAGAGAAACAAAAGGACAAAAUCGAAGAAACCUUCGUGUUUACUAUUGAUCUGCAAGCGGUCUUAAUGGCACCAAAAUCCCAAGUAAGCAGCCUUUAUUACCGCACGAAGUUGCAAGUCCACAAUUUGGUGUUUUACAAUUUGAUAAAUCAUGAUGCUUAUUGCUUCAUAUGGAACGAAGUAGAAUGUGGAUUAUCUGCCGAAGAAUUUGCUAGCAUUUGGGUGUACUUCAUCGAUAAUAAAAUAAUUACAAAUCUUACCGAGAAUGCAGCUGCUACGAAAAUUAUUAUUUAUAGUGAUGGAUGUACGUACCAGAAUAGGAAUGUUUCUAUAAGUAAGGCUUUGCUCAAUACAUCUAUUAAACAUGGCGUAAUAAUUGAGCAAAAAAUACUAGAAACGGGGCACACCCAAAUGGAAGCUGACAGCGUACAUUCAGUUAUCGGGCGUGUUAUUAAACACCGAAUUGUUAAUGUACCAGCAGAGUAUAUUCAAAUAUGUCAGAAUGCUCGAAAGAAACCUACACCUUAUAUGGUAGAGUAUUUGGAUCAUACUUUUUUCAAAUGUUUCAAGGGUAUACAAUUUUUAAAAACAAUUCGUCCUGGUCGCGGAAAGGGUGAAUCAAAAGUCACCGAUAUUCGUGCGAUUAAAUACACACCGGAAAGGGAAAUAUUUUAUAAAUUGCGUUUUCCCGAGCCAUGGAGCUAUUUACAACAAAGAGUGGACAGAAGUGUUGUGCCAACGGAUUCGUCAAAUUUUCCACAGCUUCACCAAGAAAGAAGAAAAUUAACAGCAAGAAAAUACGCAGAUUUGCAAUAUUUAAAAACUUCUUUGCCAAGAGACUACCAUCAAUAUUAUGACGACCUGCCACAUGAGUGAUAUCUUCUUAUAUUUUAAUAUAUUUUUUUGUUUUGCUUAAUUUCCAAACAGCAAUGAAUUAAGGCUGAACUGAAAUAUUAACUUUUUGUGAUACCUUAAAGUUUAAGGCUUAAACAAAGAUUUUCCAUUUAAGUACUUAUGUAUUCCUUUAAACGACAGCAACGAAGUAAGACUGUAUAAUAUUUUUUUGUGAUAAUAAAAUACGCCAUUUGCAAAAAAAACUGCAAUAUUUCUUUUUCGAAAAUGUGGUAAGUCCAAUACAUCCAAGUGCAAAUAACUCCAGAAAAGGUCUAUAUAAAGGCGCUCAUUAAAUUUUUUUAUUAUAUUUUGUUUUUGUACUUAAAUGAAAUAUCACAGUUGACAAAACUGCGUUAGAAAAAUAAAAAAAAAAUUUGAACUUCAAUUUUUAUUCAGUUUUUUUUGUUUUAUUUAAUAAUUCAAAAAUGGCACUUAGCACCUUUGCACGUUAAGCCGACGAU